UAUAUUCCCGCCAUUAGAGCUCCGCCAUAGCUAUCACCACCGCUCCGGCGACUCAGUGGCCGCCGGAGAGAACGAUGCUUCAGUGCUAUUUCACACCUCGCCCUCCUUCUCGGUUUAUCACUUGUCAGCUAUCUACCAGCUCAGUGCGCUCUCAUCCCUCUCCUCCACCGGCACCACCAUUAUCAGAUUCAUCACCACCUCUGCUGUCUUUCGCUGCAAAAUCCAUUCCGGACUCAGUAGCCUCACCGGCGUGCGCGCUCCAGUGCUCUCACUUUCAAUCGUGCUCCGGAUGUACGCACGAGUUCAACCUCCACCGCCCGGUCAUCGUUGACGAGGCGACUCAAUUCUUCAACAGUCUUGGAGUCUCAGAUUUUACGUUUGAUAGUUGCAAACUGUGGGGAUGGAGGUGCCGUGCGAAAUUGGCCGUUCGUGGCUCGUCAACAAGCCCUAUGAUUGGACUCUAUCAGGAGGGAACUCAUAAUGUUGUCGAUAUUCCUGACUGCAAAGCUCAUCACCCCAACAUAAAUGCGGCUGUUCAGUUGUUAAAACGAGGUAUCACUGAAUUAAACAUAGAGCCUUAUGAUGAAGAUCAGGGGAGUGGUGAUCUGCGAUAUGUUCAGAUGGCUGUAACGACCUAUAGCACGUCGCUUCCUUCCUCAGAAAGAUACAGAAAUGGUAAGAUACAGAUAGCAUUAGUUUGGAAUUCGAGGAAUGAAACUUCACAGAAUUCUGAUAAGCUAAAUGCUUUAGCUAAUUUUUUAUGGAAAAAUGGUGGCGCACGAAGUAACCCUCAUCUAGUUCAUUCUGUGUGGGCAAAUUUUCAAACAUCAACUAACAAUAUAAUAUUUGGAAAUAGGUGGAGGCAUCUUUUAGGCGAAAGAGACUUUUGGGAACAUGUUGGAGGAAUAGACAUUUGUCUUACACCGUCGAGUUUUGGUCAAGCAAAUACACAGGCUUUUGAUAGCUUGCUCCGGAAGUUACAGAGGUACGUUCCUUAUGGAGCAUCAGUUGCUGAUUUGUAUGCAGGAGCUGGUGUAAUUGGAUUAUCAUUAGCUGCCACAAGGAAAUGCAGAUCUGUUAAGUGCGUUGAAGUUAAUAAAGAGUCUAAGCUAUCAUUUGAGAAGACAGUUGAAYGUCUGCCAGACAGAGUUGAUAGCAGCAUCAGCUGGCACCAUGCAGACACUUCAAAAGAGCCUGUUACUUGGAUUCUGGGAUCAGAUGUAGUUGUUGUCGAUCCUCCAAGAAAAGGUUUGGAUGCAUCACUUGCUGAUACAUUGCGAGAUAUAUCAUCACUAGAGCAUAAGGUGAAGUUAUCAUCUAAAAGUUCACAUUUGAUGGAGAAGAAAGAUGAAAAGAGGCCAUGGGUUUUACGUGCAAGGGAAGAAACAGUCCAAAUCGGGAGUACAUCUUCAGAUCAAAAUCAAUCACUGCCUCAUACCCUUCUUUAUAUAAGUUGUGGAUGGGAAAGCUUCAAGGAGGAUUGCAAGAUGUUACUGUCUAGUAAGGCGUGGCAUUUGGAGAAGGCCCAUGGUUUUAAUUUCUUUCCUGGCACUCAGAGUAUUGAGGUUUUGGCCAUUUUCAAGAGGGGUCAAAGAGUUCCCCUCAAGAAAAAGAAAGUGGUGAAGAAGAAAAAGAAACGGCUGUGAGAGCACUGAGACGUAAUAUUAGGUUGAAGCUUCAAGCAUACCCAGUUGGGGUUGGAGUUGGAGUUGGAGUUGGAGUUGUAUCAAAAUACAUGGUUUUGAGAAUACAUUAUAGAGUGAGAAAUCAGAGUUGUAGAAAAGCAGAGGAGAGCCUUUUUUUUUUUUUUUCCUCUCUUUACAAUGUUUCUCUGGUGUAUAAUGACUCUUAUGCCAUCUUCUGGAAAAGGGGCAUUUAAUUUGAAGCUCAAUGAUGAAUCCUCCUAAACUUUUGGUAUUUGUAAAGCCAUGAAUUCAAUACAACCCCCAUUUGGCUGAA